CUGCCCGGUAUGCUGCAUGGGCCGAAUGCUAAAAGGUUGGCAGCGAGCAUUUCCGCCGUCUUUUACUUUGUGUAUGGUGUCAGAGAAAGACAUCCAGGAUGCAGAUCUUCGUCAAAACCCUCACGGGUAAGACCAUCACUCUCGAGGUCGAGCCGUCCGAUACGAUCGAGAAUGUCAAGGCCAAGAUCCAGGACAAGGAGGGAAUCCCCCCGGAUCAACAGCGUCUGAUCUUCGCCGGCAAGCAGCUGGAGGAUGGCCGCACCCUGUCGGACUACAACAUCCAGAAGGAGUCCACCCUGCAUCUGGUGCUGCGCCUGCGUGGUGGCGCCAAGAAGCGCAAGAAGAAGAAUUACUCCACCCCCAAGAAGAUCAAGCACAAGAGGAAGAAGGUCAAACUCGCCGUCCUCAAGUACUACAAGGUCGACGAAAACGGCAAGAUCCACCGUCUGCGUCGUGAGUGCACCAGCGAAACCUGUGGUGCCGGCGUCUUUAUGGCUGCCCACGAAGAUCGUCACUACUGCGGCAAGUGCCAUCUGACACUCGUCUAUUCCAAGCAGGAGGAAAAGUAAAAGAGAGAGAGAGCGCAUUUCCUCGGGUUUCCGUGGAUUCCUUCUUCAACUAUGGUUUAAAUAAAAUACAAAAAAUGUAACGUGGAAAAAAUAAAAAAUUCAAUACGGCUCCUUCGUAUUGAAUUUGCACCAAAA